UCUUCUCAAAGGUUAUUGCCGUUACAGAGUAUUCGGGUUCGCUGAGUUUAUAUUUAUAAUGAUCAUGUGGUUUAAAAGCAGCCACCAGCCACUUACAGUAUCACCACCAGGCGGCAGGACAAGCCAGCACAUUCUGUUUCAUUCCUCUCUUCCUCUGCAGAGAGAGAGAGAGAGAGAGAGAGAGAGAGAGAGAGAGAGAGAGAGAGAGAGAGAGAGAGACUUGAAAACACAAAGAGAGUUUUGCAAACACUUCCAGGGUCUGAGGAUCUCUCUGUUGCAUGGUAUUGUCAUUAACAAAAAGCAGCAGCAGUGGGAGGUUGUGGAGCUCUUCUUGUCUUUGUGCAUGCAGUGAUGAGAAGGGUCCCAACCACAGUGAGAGACCCACAACACUCACUCAUGCUUUCUCUCUUCUCUCCCCUCCACUUCAACCUCUGAGUUACACUCACUGCUUUCCUUUGGAUUAUUUCUUCUUCGUUUUUUAUGCUGAAGACACUUGUGGAGGAUUGAAAAAAAGACCCUGCAAGGAGGAUUAACUUUGCAACUUUUUUUCCUUUAUUGAAAUUGGUUUUAUGAGAUUUUCUUCAGGUGGAAUAAUGCCUUUGUGUUGGAGUAGAAGCUCCUGGUUUGCAGUUGUGUUUGGUGCUGCGCUGGUUGUUCUUACUGCGGGUAAUGCUGGACCGAACCAGGACAAGAAGCAGCCAAGGUCGUCCUCAUGCUUUGGAGGCUUCGAUCUCUACUUUGUUUUGGACAAAUCUGGGAGUGUGCAGCAUCACUGGACAGAAAUCUACAACUUUGUUGAACAUCUAGCUCAUAAAUUCAUAAGUCCACAGUUGCGGAUGUCCUUCAUUGUGUUCUCCACUGAGGGAAGCAUCUUAAUGAGCCUGACAGAAGACAGGGAACGCAUUCGUAAAGGUCUGGAGGAGCUCCACAGGGUUCUACCAGGGGGAGACACCUUCAUGCAUGAGGGCAUCCUGAGGGCCAGUGAGCAGAUAUACUAUGGAAACACCGAAGGUUAUCGCACCGCCAGUGUUAUCAUCGCUCUGACAGACGGAGAGCUGCACGAGGAUCUUUUCUACUACGCUGAGCGGGAGGCCAACCGUUCCCGAAGCCUGGGUGCCUCUGUUUACUGCGUGGGCGUGAAGGACUUCAAUGAGACGCAGCUGGCGAAGAUUGCUGAUAGUAAGGACCAUGUCUUCCCUGUGAAUGAUGGAUUUGAGGCCUUGCAGGGAGUCAUCGACUCGAUCCUGAAGAAGUCCUGUAUCGAGAUCCUGGCAGCAGAGCCUUCUAGUAUCUGUGCAGGAGAGUCCUUCCAAGUGGUGGUGAGAGGCAACGGAUUUCUCCACGCCCGCAAUGUCGAAAAGGUCCUGUGCAGCUUCCGCAUCAACGACACCGUCACUAAGAUGGUGAAGCCUUUGAUUGUGGAAGAUACAUAUCUCCUCUGCCCUGCACCAGUUCUCCAAGAUGAGGGGAUGGCAGCAAACCUUUAUGUCAGUAUGAACGAAGGUCUCAGUUUCAUCUCCAGUUCAGUCACCAUUACCACUGUGGGCUGUUCUGAUGGGACCAUCCUGGCCGUAGCUCUGCUCAUCCUGAUGCUGCUGCUGGUCUUGGCACUCCUCUGGUGGUUCUGGCCUCUCUGCUGCACUGUGAUCAUCCAUGAACCCCCGCCACCGGCUGCGGACGAGAGUUCGGAUGAUGAAGACUUUGAAGCCCCUAAGAAGAAAUGGCCGACUGUAGACGCCUCCUACUACGGAGGACGAGGAGUUGGGGGGAUCAAAAGGAUGGAGGUCCGCUGGGGUGAGAAAGGCUCCACCGAAGAAGGAGCAAAGCUGGAAAAGGCCAAAAACGCCAAAGUGAAGAUGCCUGAACAGGAGUAUGUGGAGGCCCCCAUGCGGGUUCUCAACAACGGCAUGCACAAACCCCUGGGGCCACGCAAGUGGUACUCACCCAUCAAGAGCAAACUGGAUGCUUUGUGGGUACUUUUAAGAAAAGGCUACGACCGCGUGUCUGUAAUGAGACCUCAUCCGGGUGACAAGGGCAGAUGCAUGAACUUCACCCGCAUUAAGUCUCCGCCUACUCCCCACCCAGACUACAACCACCACCCAUCCCCCAUCUACAACCCCCCCAGCAGGAGUCCACCUCCGCCGCAGGGCACACUCCCACCGAGCCCCCAAAGCCCUCCAUCAUCUCCGACGUUCUCCUCCUCCGCCCUUCCACUGCUGCCUCCAACACCUCCUCCCACGUCCGCCACUCCCUCCCCUCCCAUCACGCCUCCCCCUUAUACGCCACCUCCCACCCGGGCUCUUCCUCUGACCACGCUGCACAUACCCGACCCUCCAGCGCUACCACCCACCCCUCUGCCCCCCGCCUCCCCGACUGGCUCCCUGCCUCCUCUUCCACAGGGACCUCCUCCGGGGCGAGCCCCUCCACCUGCCCGUCCACCGCCUCGCCCUGGCCUGUAGAGCUCUGUGAGCACACACAGGGACAGGAUUUAAAAAAAAAACAAAAACAAAAAAAAAAUAUGCACGAACAGUCAGCACAUGACCAUCUUUGAUUGUACUUACGAGUGCCUGCGGGCGCCUCGUGCCACGCUCAGUGGCAGACUUGUGAAGUGGAGCAGUGAGGACUUUGUUUUCAGCUAUUUGUCUACAGUGACUUUUGUACACAUUUAGCCCCGACACUGCAAUCGCUGAUGCUUGAAUUACACAGACAAUUCCCUAUAAAUGAGGUCAUGCAGGCUGGCUUAAAAAAAAAAAAAAAAACAUUCAGCCUCCAGCGUCCUCAGAGUUGCUUCAGGCCCUGUUGUCCCCUCCGUGCGGACGCGCGAUUGGACGAAUCCUGACCAAGCAGAGGAACAACAGCUCGUACUAAUGCCUCUGUACAAGCAGCACAAUCGUGUUCAAAAUGAUCAUGACACUAAACAAUGGGCCUGUGUAACAUUCCUAUCUUUUUCUGAUGAGAGAAACACUCAUGUUGCACAUUUUCCACAUACGAUUAAGGAUGAUUUAGAAGAAUCUAAAAAGAAAAGAAAAAAAAAUCUGAAAAAAAAUCUGUUUUUGUACACUUGAAUGUUGAGCAAUUGCAUGCAAUAGUGUUUGAGUUGUUCUUUUUAUAACGUUUCUACCUUGUUUUAUACAACAUAAAUGCAUUUUUUUUAUUUGUACUAUUAUUAUUGCCGAUGAUCAAAUUGUCUUUUUUUUUUUUUUAAGGUUAGAAAAACAACCAUUGCUGAUAGACACAUGUACAGUAACCGUAUUGAAACAGCAAUGCAACGUAUCUGAACUUGUUCUUGCAACUUUUGUCUUCCAUGCCGUACUUAACCAGCCUAAUGUGAGUCACAGCUGGCCUAUUCUUUGUGCACAUUAGAGUAAAAAAAUGAAUUGGGACACUAAGUAACUGCAUAUGCUCUGUCUAUCAAUAUAUGGACAAAAAUAUGUCAGAGUCAGGGAAAAGCUUUGCACACUGUCUUGCUCAAUCACCCACGGCCUCUAACAAAAGGGUUUCAUGCAAAUAAUCAUUUUGAUGUAACCAUGUGUGUUUAGCUAUCUGUGUGUGUGUGUCAGAAAGAAAAGAGACUAGUCUACUAUACGUAUUUGUGACAGCCGGUUUGAUCCAUUUCAACGAAAUGAUCUGUUUCUUUCUGCUUUAAAUUCAUCGAAGCAUGGAACAGGAUGAAAGCAUGCCGUUUCAAGGGUAAUAUAAAAGUUCAGUGUAGAUUAAAGUAAAGGUUGAAAACAGUUAUUAUUUGAUUAGGAGUCUCAGCAGAAUGCAGUGCAGAUUGGAAGCUCAUCCAUAGCAACCGGGAGGAGUCUUACACUCAAUGAGUCUUACAGAAAUGUCACGGCAAAACUGAAAAGACAGUUUGUAACUUUUCACCAUUACAAUGCAGUAUGUAGACACCUUUGUUACAUUCAAAAUGAAAGUAAACAAUUGAAGUGUAUUAAA